UGGCGUUCAGUUCCCAUAGACUUACCCAUCAUCUCUUCCUCCGCAGGCAACCCUAGGCGCCUGCGGGUGGAGGUGCCGCGCGUCGCCCACGUGGGGCAGGACGUGGAGCUGGAGUGCGCCUUCCCGUGGACGGAGCCGCGGGAACUCUACUCAAUCAAGUGGUGGCGCAACAACGACCAGUUCUACCAGUACAUCCCCAAGAACCGACACCCGAAGAUGAUGUUCAACGUGACCGGCAUCAAGGUGGACAGAAGCCCGGACGCUGGGGAGCUGAGGACCGUCUACGCCGCGGAGAGACUCGGCCAGCGUUCAGUCAACGGGGCGGAGCAACCCAAUUCCACCGAGUUCAAGGUCAGCCUCAAGGACGUCAGCCUGAGCUCGUCCGGCAUGUUCACCUGCGAGGUCAUCUCCGACGAGAACUUUGAGACCUUCCGAGAGUCUGCCAACAUGACCGUCAUAGACCCGCCUGACCACAUCGCGGGGAACAGAGGUCCUGAGAUCCGGGUGUCGGGCUGGGGCGGCUCGGGGCCCGUGGAGGUGCAGGAGGGGCAGCGUGUGAAGGCCGACUGUGUGGCUCGCGGCGCUAAUCCUCCCGUCCACCUCAUCUGGUACAUCAACGAUACGGAGAUUCCCCGGACGUACGUGUCGCCCCAGAGCUCACGGAUGGAGGGACACGACACCUACACGACGGUGGUGAGCCUCGAGCUGCCGGCCAGGGAGCGGUGGGACAGCCAGGGGCGUCUGCUUCUGCGCUGCGACGCCGUCAUCCCCAACCUGUACCGCGAGUCCUCUGUCCUCGAGCUCCACAACCCGGUCUUCAGGAGGCUACAGCAGUCCGGCUACUUCUCCGCCGGUUCACGUCCCAGCCAGUCCCUGUUUCUCCUGCUGGUGUGGACGACAAUGGUGAUGGUGGUAGUGAGGGCGCUGCAGGAGAUCAACGGAGCACCUCAAAUCCUCCUCCUCCUGCAACGCCACACCCUCCCCCUCCACCCCCGAGCUCUACCUCCGCCGCCUCGCUCUUAACACCUAUCGGCCACACCUCAAAGAGACACACAGACACACCUGCGAGAAACACCUGAAAAAUCACACUUGCGAGACACACAACGCCACAUCAAAGAAAGACCGACGGAAACAUGAGAAAGAGAGAGAGAGCUGGAGCGAGAGCGAGAGCGAGAGCGAGAGAGAGAGAGAGAGAGAGAGAGAGAGAGAGAGAGAGAGAGAGAGAGAGAGAGAGAGAGAGAGAGAGAGAGAGAGAGAGAGAGAGAGAGAGAGAGAGAGAGAGAGAGAGAGAGAGAGAGAGAGAGAGAGAGAGACGCACCUGUGAGAUAUAAUAGAUUAAAACUCUCGCCCCUUUUUUUCUUUACAUACGUCAGACACAUCAGGUGAAGGGAGAAAGAACAUCAAACACACGUGAUCCUUUUCUUCCUCCACUAAUAUAUUUUGAAAAGAGGAAAAAGGGAAAAAAAAUGGAAAAAGAGCGUGAAGGUAAAAAUCUGACUUGGAGGUAUUGAAAAAUGGAACCUUUAUCGAGUGGCGCAAAAACACACCAUAAAUAGACGCCUCCUCAUUAGUCCCUCCUCGCCAUGCUGCUUGGGAAGGAUUUUUGCUUCCCAUUAUGAAGUGUAGUGCAUGAGAGAGAGAGAGAGGGAGAGAGAAAAAAAUACAUACAUUCAUACAUACAUACAUACAUACAGACAGACAGAAUUUUUUUUGUGAUCGACAUAGAAACGAAAAUGUGUUACGUAUAUAAGAAGAGCAAGAAGACACAAGUUAAGACAAGAUAAGACGUGUUUUUGUGUACAUAGAAAAAAAAUAGACAAAAUGAAAGACGUGAAAAACCUUAUUUAUUUCUACAAAACAUGAAGUAAAGAGCAAAUAAAAGAAAAUAGAACACUAAGGAAAAGAAGUCUGAAAAAUGAAAAAAAAUAUAUUGCGUGAAGAUGAAAGAAAAAUAAUGAGUGCAGUUUCCUCAUAAUAAACAAAUAUAAAAACAACAAUGAGGACAAGAAAGACGAAAGAAAAAAAAGUAAGGCAUAACUCUAACCUUCAUGAUGUGUUACAGAGACAGACACACAAGCACACACACAAACACAAAGACAACAAGAGAGCAGAGAGGCGAGAGGAAGCAUUCAUGGCGGCCAACAAGAAGACAAACAAAGACACACACACACACACACACACACACACACACACACACACACACACACACACACACACACACACACACACACACACACACACACACACACACACACACACACACACACACACACACACACACACACACACACACACACACACACACACGGAGAGGAGAGGGGCCGACUUGAGCCUCAACCACACGCCCUUAUCUCACCCCCUUCAGCCUGUUCUUGCCUCGUGCUACCCAGGAACAAGAGACGAAUGCAGGAAGACUAUUAUCCGAAGAAGCUAUGAUGGUGACAGAGGAAGUGAGAGAUAAACACAUAGACAAACGAGGGACAUGUCUUCAUACCCUCACCUCGACCCCUUAAAACCCCUUUGGCUCUUACAUCAUCUAUUUUCAAAGGCCACAGAGAUCAGUCGGGUCCUCAAUAGUGUUUUUUUUUAGGUUCAUGAUACAGAAGAGAGGUCAAACUAUCAACAGGGUCAUGAAACUAUCCAUGGAAAGGCCCACAACUCCUUCUAAAGCCUUGUCAAGUAUCUGUGUUUGGGCUCCGAAAUGUUUUAAGAAUGUGGCCAUGAGGGUAAAGAGACGCUCUCCUCCUCCUCCUCCUCCUCCUCCUCCUCCGACCUAAAGAGAUAUAUGUAGAAACGUAGAUGUAGACAACGCCCUCUGUAGCCUGUAAAUAAAACCCAAUGGAUGAACGUCGCAGGAGAUGAUGACGAUGAUGUGAGGUGAUAUGGAUGACUCUUGACCUUCUUGUUUCGAUAUAUAUAUUAGGCAUGUUCCUGGGUUUGGCUUUUUACUUGCACUGCAGCUAGAAACCUUUCACCGCCACUCACCACGACGAUGACUAUUGGUGUCCUUAACUGACCCCUGACCCUUCCUCCCCUCAUACCUGUUUCUGAUCUACUUCAUAAUUGGUGUCCUCCUCUACCCCUGCCCUGUCCCGACCCUCCGCGUCCCUCCUUUUCCUCCUCCUCCACUUCCUUAUCGGUGUUCUAGUUUCUCUUUCUCACUAUUUUUCCUCCCGUUUCUCCUCUUCUUCCUUAUUCGUAUCCUGGCUUCCCUUUCUCUCCCAUUUCUCUUUCAUCCCUAUUCUACUUUUAAUCGUGUCCUGGUAUUCCUUCCUUAUCACUUUUUCUCUCUCAUUCCUCCUUCCUUUCCUUAUUCGUGUCCUUCCUUCCCUUUCCUUUCUUCGUUUUCCAUCCCAUCAGUAUCCUUCCUUUCCCUCCUCCCUCCUCCUUCCCUUCGCCCUCUCAUCCCAUUAUUCCCCCGUCCCGGUUUUCUCUCCUCUUUCUAAUAUCUUUCGCGGUAUCGAUGCUAUGACUACACACGUUCUAGUUGUUGUUGUUGUUGUUCUUGUUGUUGUUUCUGCUUCUGCUGUUGUGAUUCUUUCCUCUUAACUUCUCUUCCUCUUAACUUCUCUUCCCUCCUGACCUGUGGCUGGUGAGAGUUUUACGAAUUACUCCAAUAUAACUGUGACGUAUUUUUACGGUUCUCAUAUUGCCAACCAUCAGAACCCAUUACUACUACUACUACUACUACUACUACUACUACUACUCUUACUACUACUGCUACUACUACUACUACUACGACUACAACUGGAACUAAAGAAACCAUAUAAACUGCUGCUGUUGCUGCUUCGUUAAUUGCAUCUGCUCUUGCUGUUACUAUUACAACAACAACAACAACAACAACAACAACAACAACAACAACAACUGCUAUUUCUACUACUACUACUACUACUACUACUACUACUGCUACUACUACUACUACUUAUACCAUUACCUAUACCGCAACGUCAGUGUUUAGUUGGUCUUUUAUUUGGUUGUUUAUGAAAAGAUACGAUGAUAUGCUCAACACUACUGUAACGGCCGAACGAUGUAUGUAAAAAUGUAUUAGUUAUUAUUAUCAUUAUUAUCAUUAUCAUCAUACGUAUAACGAUUCCAUUUGGUACUUUAAGAUUCGUUCUAAACCCAAAGUACCAUAAUUUUCUUCGGUUUAUUUUAUUCUCUUUUUUGUGUGUAUGUGUAAUUAGUCCAGUCUCUUUUAUUUCCAAUCAGUGUCUGCGCGUCACCUUCCUCAGCACAAUUGGUCUAUAUGUUAACUCAGCCCAAAAUUCCCCUCCUUGUUUCCCUCUGCCGCCAUCACGACCUUUGUUAACUAUUCUGUAGAAGCGACGAGCGGAGGACUGUGGUGAGGCCUGUGUGUGGUGAGCCCUGACCUGCCCUGCCUUGACCUCCAACACCCUAUCAUACCUUACCUUCCCCUGUUUUGUUUUACCCUACCCAGACUUGUCCUGCCCUAUUUUAUCCUGCCCUGUCCUGUCCUGCAAUACCCUAUCAUACCCUACCUUGCCCUGUCUUGUUCUACCCUACCCAGCCUUUUCCUAUUCUACUUUAUCCUGCCCUGUCCAGUCCUGCAAUGCCCUACCAAUCUCUGCUCUAUCAUACCCUAUCCUGCCCACCCUGCCCUGCUCUGUUCUGUCCUGUCCUUUCUCUAUACUGUCCAUCCUUGUUCUGUCCUACCCUGACCUUUCCUACCAAACCUUGCCCUGUCCUACCAUGCCCAGUCCUGCCCUACAAUGCUCUACCCUGCUCUGUCCUAAAGUAUCCUGUUUUUCCUAGCCUUCCCCUUCCCUGUCCAACCUUACCCUGCCAUACCUUGUCCUGUCCUAUCCAGCCUUGCCCUCCUCAAUAAUACCUUAUCCUAUCCUGCUCUCCCGCUAUCAAUCCUAACCCCGGGCAAGCUGAGGAGGGCCGCAACACAAACUCAACAACUCACGCCCGCCCGAGGACGCCCCAGAGACCCCGCCGCUCACACACACGGGGCUCUCGCCUCGGACGUGUACUGUGUAGUUAGCCGAGCACGAAUGGUCAUGUAUAUGCAUUUGUAUGUGUAUAUAUUAAUGCGUAUGUAUGGCUGUUUGUGAGGACGGUUGUGUAUACAUACAUACAUGUGGAUCAGUGUUUGAGAACAGGGUUAUUUUGUUUUACUUCCUGUUUAUUUUAGUUCAUUCAGUAAUCACAUCAUUAUGAAUUGUUUUAUUUUCAUUGUCUUUAUUAUUAUUAUCAUUAGUGUUAUUAUUUCCCUCCUAUUGUUUUCCAUAACUAAAGAGCUUUGUUCCACCGUGUCGGGUGAUGUACGUAACUGUCUCAUGUACUUUAAGAAUAAAGAAAAACUACCAG